GAGAUAAACCAGAUACGCCCCUUCCUGCUCCUGACUAUGGCUUCGUAUCCUCGCCCGCAGGUCUUCCUCAAGCUGGUCGUCCUUGCAGCAUCAGUUUUCCUCCUCAUGACCGUUUUCAGAGUCUUGUUCAAAGACUCUUUCUCCGACCGAAUCUCCUCCGGCGCUAGAUUCAGUACGAGUCCUUCCAUGAGACUGCCGUACAGGGAUGUAGCGAGGCCGCUGGAAGAGAUACUCGAUGCCGAAUGGGUCCCUCAAUUGUGGAGGUACCUGGCAAACCUGAAGACUAGUAGGCGACACGUCACUCUGUGCGUGGCAGACUCCAGAUACAAGGAGAGCGUGGUGAACUGGCUGGUAUCGGCGCUGGUCAUAGUACAACCACCACUGGACAAUGUCCUGGUCAUUUCUCUGGACGAAGAACUGACCAACUUUUUGCAAGGACGUGAACUAAAUUCUGUUUUCGUUGAUCCACACUCAAUUUUGAGGAGAAACAUACAUCUACCGACCAACUAUUCCCACGUAUGGGCGACCAGAUUUGUUCUCUUUCGUCUCAUCAACCACUGGGGUUUCUCUGUAACAACGUUUGACAGUGAUGCUCUGCUGUCAAGGAACCCGCAGUCUCUGUUUGAUGAAAGGAGAGACAGCGACAUUGUGGCGUCUCCAGGUACCUACCCCUUCGAUCUCCACAGAGCGUGGAACUCUUCAACCCUGUGCAUGGGAAUGGUGCUUUUCAGAGCUUCAGAAAAAAUGGAGAGGUUCUGGGAUCAUUUUUCUGUGGUGCAGCAGUCUAUGAGAAGGAUUGACGAUCAAGUUGUCAUAAACAAUGCACUUAAAAACUGUGGAAUAGUUUGGAGCUCCACUGGGAAGGAUUCAGGGAUGCUCGGUGUCUGUCGAGACAUGGACUUCAAGGUUUCUCUGCUGCCUAGGAGUGUCGUCUGUCGAAAAUGCAAAAAGAUAACUGGUGGGUCGUUCUAUGUUUGGCAUCAGACAAGUGCCAGGGGACAGGCAGGGAAAAAGAAGAUUGCGAAGGCGGCCGGAAUGUGGUUCCUGAAACGAAAUCUGGACGAAAGUGAACUGAAAGGAACUGAAUGGCUUAGGUAUCUGUGGAUGUGAAACAACAAACUGCCCGCGUCUACGUUGCGCAUGCGUAUAGUAUAAAUGGGCGUGUGCUCACAUGAUUGCUUGGCCAGAGAUGCAGUGUUCGGUUCUUGUGUUCUUCUUCUCGUUGUGGACUCUAUGUCUACACGCUCAGACGUCCCCUGAAUUGAACCUAUUCCAAGACUACGUACAGCGAUACAACAAGCCUUACAUCAACGACACGGACACCUUCCAGACCCGCUUCCUGGUCUUCAAGGAGAGUCUCCGGAGACAUAAGUGGUUGAACAGCUACGAGACGGAGAAUAGUGGCUCCGCAGUCUACGGGGUGAACACAUUUUCGGAUCUUACACCACAAGAAUUCAAGGAGAGGUACCUGAGUGGGUUGAAACGAAGUAAUAACCGAAAAGGUUAUCCCUCUAAACCACCCUAUUCUUCAUCACCACUGCCUCAAACAUUUGACUGGUAUAUAUUGAUGUCUCUGUUGGCAUUGUACACAGCUAAUGUGUGGAAGUUGUUGGGCAUUUGCCACAGUGGAGACCAUAGGCAGCAGGUACGCCAUACAGACUGGCCACCUGCUGGAGCUGAGUGCACAGCAACUCAUCUCGUGUGACACCGGAGUUGAACUGGAUGGCUGCAAGGGUGGAGCUCUGGAAUAUGCCUUUGGCUCCGUGGAAUCUGUGAGAUAUAAUUAUACAUACAUGGCUAUUAUAGAUAUACACUGUUUUUCAUCUGGGCUGUUUGUCUUUCUAUGUGUGCGUGCGUGCGUGUGUUUUUGCAGGAAAGUAUAACGAUCGUGAAUGCUUCGACCUACCCUUUCGAGAGUGGAGAUGGAAAGUCACAUAAUUGCAAAGGAAAUCUACCUAAAGUUGGUGUGCAGCUAUUGGAUUUCACCUACAGAGAGUAAGAAAUGCUAAGUGGUGGAUGAAUUGAUGACACAUUCUCUGUUCAUGAACUGCACAGAAACCUGAGGAACGAGACUGAAAUGCAGUAUUAUCUGUGCACAUACUCUCCACUCACUGUUUCAGUGAAUGCUCGAGCCUGGCAGGAUUAUGAUGGGGGUAUUAUUCAGCACCACUGUGAUGGUGAUCCAAGUGAGGUGGAUCAUGCUGUUCAGGUGAUUGGAUAUGAUAUGAAUGGUCCAGUUCCCUACUGGAUAGUGAGAAACACAUGGGGAAGUGACUGGGGUGAAGGCGGAUACCUCCGACUAAAGUUUGGUCAGAACAUGUGCGGAAUGACAGAUGAGGUUGUGUAUGUAACAAAAGUCGCUGGAGUUGGACUCUAAAAAUCACAUUCUUCACACAAUUUUACCACAUCAGUUUGCUUGCUUGCAUGCUAUUAGCGCAUGCG